AUGUCCACACCCUGGAAGCCGACGCCGCACCGCGGCGACGACGGCGACGACGACGCCGCCGACGCCGCCACCGCGCGAGGACGCGCGUGCGGACUGGAGGCGAUACUACGCGGACGACGCCUCCGCGGCGACAGCGCGCGGCAGCGCGGCGCGAGCGCCAGCGCGGCGCGAGGCGCCGCCGGACGCGCGACGCCGCUUCGCGAGCACCUGUAUAGGUUCGGCGCCGGCGCCGCGGACGGCGACGCGACCGCGAAGGAAACGCUCGGCGGCAAGGGCGCGGGCCUCGCCGCGAUGUCCAACCUCGGUUUGAACGUUCCCCCCGGGUUUACGAUAUCCACGGACGCGUGCGAGCGAUACGCAAGAGAGGCGAAGGAAGCCGACUGCGCGAAGAAAGGCACCGCGGCACGGACUUUCGCUUCAACGAUCGCUUUCGUCGUGGACGAAGUCUACGAAGCCCUCGCAUUCGUGGAGAAACGCGUGGGAAAGACGUUCGGCGGUGGUGCCGGCUUUGGAGGCGCCGACUCGAAACUGAAACCGAAACCGCCGUUGCUGCUCUCUGUGCGCUCCGGUGCCGCGGCUUCCAUGCCCGGGAUGAUGGACACGGUUCUGAACCUCGGGUUAAACGACGUCCUCGUCGAGACGCUCGCGACCGCGGUUGCGACCGACCUCGGCGCGUCGAACGCGCGUCGGUUCGCGUACGACGCGUACCGGCGGCUGCUGGACAUGUUCGGAGACGUCGUGCUCGGGAUUCCGCGCGCGCGAUUCGAGGACGCGCUCGCGGCGAUGAAGACGGCGCGCGGCGCGUCGCACGACGCGGACUUGACCGAGACAGAUCUCGUCGCGCUCGUGAAGGACUACAAAGCCGUGUAUCUCGACUUCCGCGUGGACUUCCCGAGUGAUCCGCGGACGCAACUCGAGAUGGCGAUCGCUGCGGUGUUCUCGAGCUGGAACAACCCGAGGGCGGUGACGUACCGCGAGUUGAAUCGAAUCGUCGGUUUGAAAGGCACCGCAGUGAACGUUCAGGCGCGUCAUCCCGCGAUGGUGUUCGGGAACAUGGGCGAGACGUCAUGUUCCGGCGUUUGUUUCACGCGCGAUCCGGGAUCAGGGGCGAAGGCGAUCUACGGCGAGUUUUUGGUAAACGCACAAGGCGAAGACGUCGUCGCAGGCGUUCGCACGCCUGAACCAGUGAUGCCAAACAUGAGUCAGAAAUUCCCAGACGCGCGCCGCCAGCUCCAAGCGUGCUGCGACGCGCUCGAGGAACACUACCGAGACAUGAUGGACAUCGAGUUCACAGUUGAAUGCGGCCGGUUUUUCAUCCUUCAGUGCCGCGCCGGGAAACGCACCGGGGAAGCCGCGAUCAAGAUAGCGCGAGACGUCGUUGCGGAAGGACUGCGCACGGAGCCAGAGGCGCUUCUGCUCAUCGAGCCGAGGCACGUCGAUCAGCUCCUCCACCCGCGGUUCGACGCGAACUCCCCGUACGACGUCGCGGAGGACGUCGUCGCGAGCGGGCUUCCCGCGUCCCCAGGCGCGGCCGUCGGCGCCAUCGUCUUCUCCGCCGCCACCGCGAAGGUGUUUCGGCUGCAAAAACAACCGUGCGUGCUACUGAGGACAGAGACCAGCGCGGAGGAUGUCGGCGGGAUGCACGCCGCGGAGGGUAUCCUUACGUCGCGCGGCGGGAUGACGUCGCACGCCGCGGUCGUUGCGCGGGGUUGGGGGAAGCCGUGCAUAGUCGGCUGCGACGCGCUACGUGUGGAUGAUUCUGCGCGCGCGUGCACGUUCGUGCACCCACGGACCGGCGAUACGAUCGCGACGUUUCGCGAAGGUGAGCGCGAUGUUGUGUCUCUGAAUGGCACGACGGGCGAGGUGAUUAAACGCGCGGUCCCGCUCGUAGAGCCCGCGCCGCCUUUGGACGAAGACGGCGACCUCGCGACCGUCCUUCGAUGGGUCGACGCAUACCGAGAGCUCGACGUGCGGGCCAAUGCGGACGACGCGGACGACGCUCGCCGGGCGUUUCGCGCCGGCGCCGCGGGGGUCGGCCUCGCGCGAACUGAGCAUAUGUUUUUCGGGAGUAAAGAACGUGUCGACACGGUUCGAAGGCUUGUGCUCGCGGAUGAUGACAAGACGCGCGCAGCCGCGCUCCAGGCGCUCUUGCCGCUCCAGAGAGCGGACUUUGCGGGGCUGUUCCGCGCAGCGGGUUCGAGACCCGUGUGCGUGCGGCUGUUAGACCCUCCGUUGCACGAGUUUCUGCCAAAACCAGGGGAAUUCGAAAGCACGCCGCCGUUCGACGCGGAGAAGUUCGGCGCCGCCACUGCUGAGCUCACGGCGCUCACCGGGCAGACCGAAGCGCGCGUGCUCGAGCGCACACGCGCGCUGCGAGAGACGAACCCGCUGCUUGGGCUCCGCGGCUGCCGCGUCGGCAUCACGUCGCCGGAGAUCACGAAAAUGCAAGCGCGCGCGAUAUUCGAAGCCUCGAUCGAAGUCACGCGCGAAGCGAAGUCGUCGGCAUCCCUCCCGCAGGCGUCGGCGCCCCUCCCGAACGUCCAGAUCAUGAUCCCUCUCGUCGGCUGCGCGUCCGAGUUUACACAUCAGCGCGACGCGAUACUCGAAACCGCGCGGGAGGUCCGACGCGAACGCGACGGGGACGAACUCGCGCCGUUCGAGAUCGGCGUCAUGAUCGAAGUCCCGCGGGCAGCGUUGCUUGGUACAGAGCUCGUCGACGCCGGCGCGGCGUUUUUUUCCUUCGGGACGAACGACCUCACGCAGAUGACGUUUGGAUACUCCAGGGACGACGUCGCGACGUUCCUGCCCGAGUAUCUUCGACUCGGGAUACUUCAGGACGAUCCGUUCGCGACGAUCGACGUGCGCGGCGUCGGCGCUCUCGUCGAGCGGUGCGUCUCGGACGCCAGAGACGCCGCACGCGCGCGAAAAGCGUCACUGAAAAUCAGCGUGUGCGGCGAACACGGUGGCGACCCUCGGAGCAUCACGUUUUUCCACGAUCUCGCGUCGAGAGGCGCGAAGAUCGACCACGUGUCGUGUUCGCCGUUUCGCGUCGUCGUUGCGCGAGUCGCCGCCGCGCAGGCGGCGUGCCGGGAGAUGACGGAGACGACCACGGAUGGAGACGAAAAAAAUAAAAAAUAA